GUCCAAUAAAGCACUAUGGGUAAUUUGCUUCUCUCUUUCCGGUUAGUACGCCAUCAAGUGAGGCAUCAUGGGAGCGUACAAGUACAUGCAGGAGUUAUGGAGGAAGAAGCAGUCGGAUGUGAUGAGAUUUCUGCUCCGUGUGCGGUGCUGGCAGUACCGUCAGCUGUCCUCCCUUCACCGGGCUCCGAGACCCACUAGACCCGAUAAAGCCCGCAGACUGGGAUACAAGGCCAAACAGGGCUACGUCAUCUACCGUAUACGUGUGCGUCGUGGAGGUCGCAAGCGCCCCGUGCCCAAAGGUGCAACCUACGGCAAACCUGUGCACCAUGGUGUCAACCAGAUCAAGUUUGCACGCAGUCUGCAGUCAGUAGCUGAGGAGCGUGCCGGUCGUCAUUGCGGAGGUCUGCGGGUACUAAACUCCUACUGGGUGGGUGAAGAUUCCACAUACAAGUUCUUUGAAGUGAUCCUCAUUGACACCUUCCACAAAGCCAUCAGACGUAACCCCGACACGCAAUGGAUCACCAAGGCUGUGCACAAGCACAGGGAAAUGCGUGGGCUCACAUCUGCUGGCAAGAAGAGCCGUGGUCUGGGCAAGGGCCACAAGUUCCACCUCACCAUCGGUGGCUCUCGACGUGCAGCCUGGAAGAGACGCAACACCCUGCAGCUGCACCGUUACCGCUAAACAAUGUGUGCUACAACUGUACAUUUAUCCAAAUAAAGUACCUUUUUAUGGUCA